AUGAGGGCCCUCAGCCAACGGGACCCCCCGUAUAUAACAGGGGAUGAGGUCACCCUGGAUAUUGGGCGUCCCUUUACAAUUGGGGGGGCUCAUGGACACCGGGAUCGAGACCGGGAAUGCCAGGACAGGGACCUACUCACAGGGUUUCUCUCGAAGGUCGGGCACGAGCCACUACCUCCAACCGUUGGAAGAAACGUGCUGGGAAGGAAGGUCCUCUACCUGCCCGGCUUCUUCACCUACGCCAGACACAUCGUGGAAGUGGAUGGGAAAAGAGGCCUCUUCCGCGGUCUUACUCCUCGCCUCAUCUCAAGCACUUUAUCAACCAUCACCAGGGGGAGCGUGAAGAAGGCCUUUCCACUGGAAGACAUGGAGCACGUUUCUAACAAGGAUGAUGUGAAGACCUCCCUGAGGAAAGUGGUGAAAGAGACCUCUCACGAGAUGAUGAUGCAGUGUGUGUCCCGGGUUGUCUCACAUCCUCUGCACGUGAUCUCUAUGCGCUGCAUGGUCCAGUUCGUGGGCCGGGAAGUCAAAUACAGCGGUGUCUUCAGCGCCAUCGGCAGGAUCUUCAAGGAAGAAGGGAUCCUGGGAUUCUUUGUCGGUUUGGUCCCUCACAUCCUGGGAGAUGUCAUCUUCCUCUGGUGCUGCAACCUCUUGGCUCACUUCAUCAACACCUACGCGGUGGACGACAACUUCAGCCAGGCAUCGGUGAUCCGGAGCUACACGAAAUUCGUGAUGGGGAUCGCUGUGAGCAUGCUGACGUACCCCUUCCUUCUGGUGGGAGAUCUCAUGGCAGUGAACAACUGUGGGUUGCACGCCGGCCUCCCUCCCUAUGCUCCCGCCUUUACGUCCUGGAUCCAUUGCUGGAGGUAUCUCAGUGCUCAGGGGCAGCUCUUCCGCGGCUCCAGCCUGCUCUUCCGCAGAGCGCCCGCCGCCUGCUUCCCCAUCGACUGACCCCCGGCUCGCAGGGAGAGGUGAUGGAUGUGGGCUCCUCAAGAAACCCUAAGCUUGUUUCGAUAUACAUCUAUUUUUUUUUUUUCCCCUUUUUGAUCCGAAGUCCGUGGUGCCAGAAGGAGACACCUCCUCUCCA